CAGGCCCGCGGUGUGUCAACAUGGCCAAGCAGGUUUGGCUAAAGGUCCUCAGAUGCGGGAGGGCUGCUGGGCCCAACAAUGAAGCUGUGACUGUUUGUCAUGUGUCUUGCUGCUGGGACUGAAUCAUGUGUGCCAGACGAUCGUCUUGUGACUGCUGUGGUUGCUGUGAAAAUGCCCUUAGCAAAGAGCAAAAAAAAGCCAAGAGAGAUGACGAGAAGACAUUUGCAUGGAUGGAGAAACAAUUCCGGCAAAUGGCGGGAUCCAAUGGCUCACUGGACAAGGAGGCGUUUAAAAAAGCCUUCAGGUUAAAAAAAUCCUUCUUCGCCGACCGCUUCUUCCAGCUGUUUGAUAACGACAACAGCGGAAGCAUCGACCUCAACGAACUGCUGCGAGGGCUUCUGAAGCUGACCCGGGGGUCACCCACUGACAAACUCCGCUUUCUCUUCAGGGUCUAUGAUGUUGACUCGAGCGGCACGAUUGACAGAGAAGAGCUGGGCACGGUGCUCAGGUCAUGCAUGGAGGAAUCUUCCCUCGUGCUGAGCGAAGAGAACCUUCAGGCGUUGACUGAUGCACUCUUUGACGAUGCAGACGCCGAUAAGAGUGGCGAGAUCACCUUCGAGAAACUCAAGGACCAGCUAGAGAAGCAUCCAGGGGUCAUGCAGAACCUCACCAUCAGCGCCGCCAAGUGGCUGGUGCCACGCAAAGAAGAGAAGAGAAGACGAGCACCCCGCCAUCUAUCCUGGACAUACAUCCGCAACAAUCUAGCGAAGGUGAUCUGCACAAUCAUGUUCGUCCUCAUCAACAUGGGCCUUUAUGCACUCAACGCCUGGCUCUACAGAUAUUCAAACUGGUAUAUCAUCUUUGCAAGAGGUGCUGGCAUGUGUCUCCACUUUAACUGCGCCUUUGGACUGUUUCUGAUGCUGCGGAAGUCGUUGACUCUGAUGAGGAACACGCCAUUGGCCAGAAUCUUGCCCUUUGACCAGCACGUGAUGUUCCACAAGAUGGCGGGCUUUGCUGUGGUGUUUUUCACUCUCAUACACACGGCCAUGCACCUUGCAAACGCCAUCUUCUACCUCCAGCGCGAGAAAAAACUCAACCUUUUUGAGAUUCUUUUCACACUGAAGGCCAAGGUGGGGUGGUUCUAUGGGUUCGCUCCCCUGUCCGGAGUUAUCCUAGAUGUUAUUCUGCUCAUCAUGUUCAUAUGUUCAAUGGAGUUUGUGCGCCGAUCUGGAUGCUUCGAGGUUUUCUACUGGACUCACAAGCUUUACAUCCCUUUCUACGUUCUGAACAUCCUCCACGCCACGAACUUCUGGAAGUGGAUCGUCGGGCCUGGAGCCAUCUUCCUGAUUGAAUGCUUGAUUCGCCUGAAAAUGUUCUGGUACGCAAGACAGGGCGACAUGCGCAUUCAGUCAGUAAAACUACUUCCGUCAGGGGUGACCCAGCUAAUUAUCACAAGACCGAGCAGCUUUAACUACAAGCCUGGAGACUAUGUCUUCCUCAACAUUCCAGCUAUUGCGAAGUACGAAUGGCAUCCCUUCACCAUCAGCAGCGCACCUCAGAUGUCAGGAACAUUCUGGAUUCACGUUCGCUCAGCUGGUCACUGGACAAGGUCUUUGUACAAGUAUUUUGAAGACUACAAGAGUUCUGUCGUUGAUGCGGAGGAAGGAAUGGCAGACAAUAAAGAGAUGUACGCAAAUUGCAAAAAAUUCAAGGCUAGCUUCAAAUCGUUCCGCAUGGGCAGGCCCGGUGUACCGCUCACGAGACGAAACACUAAGGCCCGCAGGAUAAAUGCUAGUGUGAAGAGACGGGUGAGAGAAGUUAAGGUCAACGAAAGGGUUUACGUAGACGGACCAUACGGGACACCGAGUCGCCAUAUUUUCGAGGCCGAGCACGCAGUUCUGAUUGGUUCAGGCAUCGGAGUGACUCCGUUUGCCUCCAUCCUACAGAGCAUCAUGUACCGCUUCCGUGAGGCGGAGGUCACGUGCCCGAGUUGCGACCACAGAUUCUGCAUCGAGGUCCCCAAAAGCGUCAUGAACCUGAAAAAAGUGGACUUCGUGUGGAUUAACCGAGAUCAGCGAAAUUUUGAGUGGUUCCUAUCCCUUCUCACACGUCUGGAGAGUGAACAGUCACGUGACCGAGAAAACGGGCUGGGUCACGUGCUCGACAUGCAUAUGUACAUGACCUCUGCCCUCUCCAAAGCGGACAUGAAAGGCAUCGGCCUACAGAUGGCGCUGGAUCUCAUCCACGAGGCGGAGCAGACGGACCUGAUCACGGGUCUGCAGACUCGGACACAGCCAGGCAGACCCGACUUCGAUAAGCUCUUCUCACACAUUGCCAACCACGCGAAGGGAAAGGUCAAGGUAUUUUUCUGUGGUUCACCGCUGCUGGGAAAGGUGCUCAAGGAAUAUUCCCACAAAUAUGAAUUCGGUUUCUCUCAAGAGAUUUUUUGAAGGCCAGACUUUGAAUAUUUCUGCUGCAGUUUCUCAGGGAAAAGCUGCUAGCAGCUAUAGUCAGAAUUACUGUGACUUGCCGUCUUCCGAAAAAAGUCAAAAUGCAAUUGUGAAACAAAAUGAUUGUGCUUUGCUACGUGUACAGAAUGACCAUGUUCUUUCAUGAAAUAACUUUCCGGUGGUGAAGGAUGAAGAAGCUAAGGGGUUUGCAUACUCCUCACAGCUUAUGAUGAAAUUAGCUCGUUGUGUAUCAUAUUGUUAGUGGGGGUCAGUAAUCUUUGACAUCUCUGCUCUUUUCGUUCGUUAAUGAAUUGUGCUUGUACUGAGAUUUACCAGCAACUUCUAGAAUGAUGUGAUGCAAGACCCAGACUGUUGAAACACGGUAUGUCUGUUUUCUGUGUGCUACAUCCAAAUGGAACAACUUGGUCUCGAUGCCACUGACUGACAAGGACUAGUGGGGUGCACUUUUUUCCUAAUGUUUGGGUAAAUUUCAGUGCAAGAUAUUAACUCCCCAAAUGAGGUGAAUGCACCAUUUCCAUUCUCAACAUUGCGACUUCACACUUGUAGACAGACACGCCAUUGGCUGUUGCCUUCACAAUGUGAAUGUACAAUUCUGACCUCUGUACUGUUGACCUUUUUUGUGCAUGAUAAUGUUUGUAAGCGUGUUCCUCGAGAGCGGAAGGAGGGUAUUCCCCGAAAUUUGGGAAACAGAAUCUUGCACUACUACCAGCCAUUAGAAAAAUUUAGCUCCUCAUUUGUUAUAGCUAACGUUUAGAGUUUCAAUGUACUUUCUUUAUUAAACAAAACAAAGCUAAAACAGAUUUAACUGCACUUUGUUAAAGCUUGUUUCUCUUCGGUAACUGUUUUUUUAAGUAGUUUGUGAAUUAGAACAGGUGGUCAACGGUUAAAACCGUAGACAUUGUCACGAGUUUUAUUGACAUUUUUUUUUUCAUCAAGAUAAUAAUUUUUAAGAUACAUUUAUCUUGGCUACGAUAUUCAUCUACUUAGCUAGCGUUUGUGUCGUCAAAUUCUCGUCAAUCUUUCGCUUUUUCCAAAGACAGCUGAGCGUUGCUUUAUUUUGUUGUCUGGUAUAUAAAGGAAAAUGUACACCCCUCACUUCUGCAAGUGUACGUUUCCGGACAGUAGAAGACAUGGUGGAUUGAGCGUGAUGUUCAAAAUGGGGCACAUCCUAGAAACAUACCACAACAAGAACAUACUUUUAAAAAGUAUCUACUUCACCAUGGACCAAAGUUUUUACAAUUUGGUACUAUUCAAAUAAAGAUCUGGUGGUUUCUUUUGUGGGCACACUGGCGACUAACAAACCAAAAUUCUCUGCUAGUCGAGAAAAUGUGUUAAUAAUGAAGGGCGAGUAAAAAUACGACAAAAAUAUAUGAUACAGCUAGACAUAUCUGUGAGAAAAUCUGUAGUCGAGGGGAGGUGAAAAUUUGUGUUUUAUCGCCAAGUCUAGUAGCUAAAGCUCUAUCUCAGAAAAACAGACGGCCCUGUAAAUAGGUGCCACAUCCUACCUGCAUUGAAAGAACAGUAUGCCCGUGACGAGAAUCGAAUGCCGGCUAUCCAAGUUUUUAUUAGCGACAAGCGCAGUGUUUUCUCCAUAAAUUGUAACCUUCACCUGGGUGUAUGUCUAUGUAAUGUGCGAUCAAACCACUCUACUACACUUUCAACUGAGGUAAUCCUUGUACUACUAUAUGUGCUUAAUUUGGUAAGUUUAUUAUUCAAGAUUGGAAGGUUCUGGCGUCGUGCAAGACGCUAAAACACCAAUUUCGUGUAUGUGUAUUUGUAUGUUUAAACAAGCUACUUGUGUGUGUGUGUACAUAUAUACCUGAUACGAUUACAGAAAUGACAGCAUAUCAUUUUUAUCUUUUACUACAGAAUCAAAUGCUCUCAUGGAGCAAGAGAAAUCAACGUCGAUCAGCACUCCGAAUCCAAAAGUGGAUAGGAUUAAUGUCUGUGUUUAAUUCUCAUUAAAUCUUCUGCCAUACAUGUAUUACAACCAGUCUAAAAGGCUGUGAGCAUACAUGUCACUUUCGGGCAAAACGGGCUUCAUACCACGACUCUAACACAGUGAACAGUGGACAAGCGAUAGAAGUCAAUGGGUUUUUAACCGUGCAUAUUGCAGAAGCUUCACACCUCAGAAACGCCAACGUUCUAUUUGCAUAUUGGCAGUAUGUUGGCAAAAGGUUUUGACAGCACUCAGUUCCAAUAUCCCGAGCUUUGGCCCAAAAACCAUUUGUUUCUGUGACCUUCACACACAGCCUUGACAAACUUGGUCAAAUGUUACACGUUUGCCAGGUUAAGGUCCUUAGCACAAUAUACAUGUAUAUAUAUGGACUUUAACUCCUUGCGAUGGCCGUUGGGGUCUGUUGAGACAGUUUGCGGAGAACAUAGCUUUGCAGGGAUAUAAGCUAGGUGAGCUUAUAUAUAAAUAGUGAAAUAAGUUGUUAAGACAAAGGUAAGUUAAUGCCUAGUUCAAAGUCACCUAUAAACGCACGUUAGUAUGCAUGGACACUGGCUAGUGAGCACACAGAGAAAUAAAAGCGAAGAAAAUCUUUGAGUAUGAGAGAUCGGUUACAGAUGUAACCAGAGGUCAGCAGCUCCUUAUGCAGUAAUGGACACAAUAACAAGGUCUAUUACUUCUACAUAAAGAAGUUUUAAGCCAUUCAGUUAAUUAAGCUAAUCAUUAUAUGUGAUUUUGUACAUAAAAUACAUGAUUUGAUCAACGAGACUCUUGCUGCGAUAUGUGCUAUAUAUAUUGUUCUCUAAGCCUUUCUGAUAAAUUGAAUUAUACAUGCUCGUACUUUUUUGUACCUUCAAUAUGUACAUGAUGAUCUACGAAUUACAUAAAAGUGAUUUUUAGCUACACUUAUUGCUUUCAAAAAUAUAAAUGUUUUGCCUUUCUUUGAUCAAGUUUAUCCGACUGUCCUUUUUGGUCUCAUUUAUAAUAAUACAAUUGCCCUUCCUAUCAUUACACAACUGGUUCUUGACUAUUCUUAUGAACAUGUCAUUAAUCAUUCUCAGUGUAAAGAUGAAGAACAAUUUCCAUCGUCAUGCUUGUAUAUUGAAUAAUGCUCGCUUUAUAAUUUUAAUGUCUUGUGAGUAGGAUUUUCCUACAGACAACAUUUUUUAUUCUCUGAACCAAUGCAGCUUAAGAAAGUUUUGUAUAAGCUUUUUUUUCAAGAAUAAAAGAACUAGCCUAUC